AUGGAUCCCAAGAGCGUUCCCAGUGACACCUCCACCUCCGCAGCGGGCUCGUCCAAGCUGCCAGCGUCCACAUGGCCAGGCUGCAGCCGCAGGAGCGUCCUCGUGGGACGCCGCAACCCGCCGAUGCUGCGCAUGGUGCUGGAGGCGCUGCAGGCGGGCGAGCAGCGCCGGGGCACGUCGGUGGUGGCCAUCAAGCUGUACAUCCUGCACAAGUACCCGAGCGUCAGCGGACUGCGCUUCAAGUACCUGCUGAAGCAGGCCCUGGCCACGGGCGUGCGCCGUGGCCUCCUUACCAGGCCGCUCAACUCCAAGGCCAGGGGCGCCACCGGCAGCUUCAAAUUAGUGCCCAAGCCCAAGAGGACGCGGCCCAGGAAGACGUCCGCCCCAGCGGCCCCCAGGAAGGCCAGGAAGGCCGAGGAGCCGGGCCCCGAGGAGCCGGGCCCCGAGAAGCCGAGGGAGGCGAGGCCAGGCCCUUCCAGCCAGGGCCAGGGGGAACGGGCACCCAAGAAGCCGGACGGGUCAGGGAGGGCUCCUCCCAAACCAGGUGCAGCCAAGAAGGUCCCCAAGAAAGGUGGGAAGGCCAAGGCCAAGGACACGGAGGCCAAAGUGGGCCAGGCCAGAAAGGCGUCCGAGGGGUUAGACAAGGCCAUGCAGGCCUCUGCUAGUCCCAGUAUGCGCAAAGGGAAGUCCAAGAUCAAAGGCCACGGGCAAAGCCAAGGACAUUCCAAGGCCCACGGGAGGACCAGCGCUGGCAGCAAGAGCUCCAAACCCACUGCCAACAAGGUCAAGAAUGGUGUUGCCUCCCCGUCCAGAAAGAAGACCACCACCAAGGCCCCUCGAGGGGUGGUCCCCGGGAUGGGGGCCAGGCCCAAAGCCAAGGCUACCACCCCCUCUAAGGGCCCUGGGUCCAAGGUGGGGCCUGUGCCCCUGUCUGGGAAGUCCGAGGGCCCCAGGAGCCCGAGAAAGCCUGGUUUGCCCCCCAAGGCCCCGGCGUCCAAGACGUCCGGCAAGAAGGCCAAAGCCGAGGGCUCGGGGCUCGGGUGA